UGGCUCUGCGCGGGGCGCGCCGAGAGGCGCGCUGUGGCCGCGGCCCGGGUCCGCAGCGCGCCUCGCUCGCUUAAGAUCACGGUAGCGCUUAAUAUUAAUGAAGAACUGCUGUUAAUUGUGUGAGAGCAAAAAUGCUGAGUUUCUUCCGGCGAACCCUCGGACGGCGGUCUAUGCGUAAGCACGCGGAGAAGGAGCGGCUGAGAGAAGCGCAGAGAGCCGCGACCCACAUCCCUGCGGCCGGGGACGCAAGAUCCGUCAUCACGUGUCGAGUGGCGCUGCUGGACGGCACGGAUGUCAGCGUGGACUUGCCGAAAAAAGCCAAAGGCCAGCUUCUGUUUGAACAGAUCAUGUAUCAUCUGGACCUUAUAGAAAGUGACUACUUUGGAUUAAGGUUUAUGGAUUCCGCACAAGUGGCGCAUUGGUUGGACAACACAAAAAGCAUUAAAAAACAGGUUAAAAUUGGCCCACCAUACUGUCUGCAUUUUCGUGUAAAGUUUUACUCAUCAGAGCCCAACAAUCUACGGGAAGAGCUAACAAGGUAUUUAUUUGUUCUGCAGCUAAAACUGGAUAUUCUCAGUGGAAAAUUGGAAUGUCCAUUUGACACAGCCGUCCAAUUGGCAGCUUAUAACAUGCAAGCUGAACUCGGAGACUAUGAUCCUGCUGAACAUGUCCCUGAACUGGUGUCUGAGUUCAGGUUUGUACCCACUCAGACUGAAGAGAUGGAGCUAGCCAUUUUUGAGAAGUGGAAGGAAUGCAGGGGGCAAACACCAGCGCAGGCUGAAACUAACUACUUAAACAAAGCUAAAUGGCUGGAAAUGUAUGGUGUAGACAUGCACAUAGUCAAGGCAAGGGAUGGCAACGAUUACAGCCUUGGACUAACCCCUACAGGAGUUCUUGUCUUUGAAGGAGACACCAAGAUUGGUUUAUUUUUCUGGCCAAAAAUAACAAGACUUGACUUCAAGAAGAACAAACUCACUUUAGUUGUUGUUGAAGAUGACGAACAGGGAAAGGAGCAGGAGCACACUUUUGUUUUCAGGCUGGAUCAUCCCAAAGCCUGCAAACACUUGUGGAAGUGUGCAGUAGAACAUCACGCCUUCUUCCGGCUCCGAGGUCCUGUCCAAAAGAGCUCAAGUCGAUCUGGCUUCAUUCGGUUAGGAUCCCGGUUCCGAUACAGUGGGAAAACAGAAUAUCAAACUACCAAGACCAACAAAGCCAGAAGAUCUGCAUCCUUUGAAAGGAGGCCCAGCAAGAGAUACUCAAGACGAACGCUACAAAUGAAAGCACAUGUUGCUAGAAUUGAAGAAACAAGUAUUCCAAACAGUGCCGUUAUUAACCAAAAUAAUGGAUCACAACAAAGUUGGAAUGCAAAGCCAAACUUACCUGUCCUAACAGCAGUUCCUUCUGCCCCAGUCUUAGUGGAAAUAGAAAACCUCCCAAGAAGCCCUGGAGCCAGCCAGCAAGACAAGAAGUGUGUACCUCUUGUUGAUUUAUUAGACAGCGAGGAGUUGCCAGAAACUUGUGUUGAUGAUGCCAUAGGCCAUCCAGUUGCUGGCUUGACAACAGGAGUUUUGGAAGAGGCUGCUGGUUGCCUUCAUCCUGGCACAAAGGAAACUGCUGUUGAAAGAGCAGGCUCUGAUCCAUUUGAAGACAUGCUCCUAAAACUGAAGCAGCUGGAAACAGAGCACAGCAGCCCUAUGCCAACUGCCCGUCCCAGCGUAAACAUAAAUGUACAGGAUGAAGUGGUGAAGUUAACAGAUAAAUGUCUUAACAAUGCAAUUGAGAACCCGAUACCAGUGGCAACAUGGCUUCCAGCAGACAUCAAAAGCAAUAUCCUGAAGGCCCAGGCAGAGACAGGACACAAGGUCACAAGAGAAGACAGCUUGACAAAUAUCAAGAAUUCCAAUAUUCAGGAUGCUGCUGUCAGGAGCAUUCCAGCAGGCAAAAUCCAGAGUAGUCCUCCAACAACCAGCCCAGGAUUUCAAGAACCAAGAGAGCUGCUGAAAGCAAUCUCUGCCUCGAGCACCAUCAUUCCUAAUGUGUUAAAUGAGGAUAAUGCUUCCCCUGACCGUGGAGAGUUACUGAUUCCAGCUGAUCUGGCUCCAACUGAAGAGGCUGCUGUUUUAAAGAAUACUCCAGAUGACCAGGACAUUUCCUUAACAUCACUGCCAGAGAAUCUAAUUGACUUUUCAGAAGCCACCCCACGGGUGCCUUCCCAGCCCACAAUAACCCCAAGGUGGAUAGUGCCAACAGGUUUGAUUUCCAAUGGGCCUUUGGGAAUUGAUGUUGCCUUAGCUCUGAAGGCAAUGAAAGGCAGCACGGAGGCUCUGUCAUCACCAGCUGGAUUUCCACCAUCCCAGCAGACGUCUGAAGUCCUUGCAAGCCCAGUAACUGAGGAUGCUACAGUGAGGAUGAAAUGUUUACUCACCACUGAGCUCUAGAGGAAGGAGCUUCCACACUUCCUACCUUGUGAAAACUCAAACCUUCUAACAUCUCCAAGGGAAGGACUUGUUUGGGAUCAAGCUUUUGCUGAACUGGGAGUCAAACAGCCAGCUGUUUUGCUAGUAUUCAGGAAGAAGCUUUCACGUUUUAUUGCAAUCCAACUGGAAUUACAGCCUAACCCAGGAUAAAAAACCACAUGAAAGUUUGAUCUUCUCCCUCUGGAGAAGUGAAAUACCACACUGGACUUAGUUCUGAACAUAAGGAAUGAAAUCUAGUUGUGUUCCAUUCAAACUAGGUUUAGUCUUACUUUUACACUGUGCUGCUUCAUAAAUGUUAAUGGAAAGUGUUCACUGUGAUGUUAGCUAAGUAGUGUUUGAACACUGCAUCCCGGGUCUUGAUAGAUUAAUAACUAGAAGAUUAGGAGACCUUGUAGGGCCACCUUGUGGCCAUACUGUAUAUGGUGGCUCACAGUAGUAAUGACUUUUUUCCUAUAGCCAAGAUCAUUUUCUUCUGUGUGAUUAUUCCCUCUGUUUUUUCUUUGUUUUACCAUUACAUACAUGUCUUUUUGGCCUUAAAACCCUUUAUAAUCUUUGCACCUCUUGUUACAAUACCUGGAAAGAACGAAAAUCUAGUCUGUGAGUGACCAACUACUUUGACUGGAUUUGAGCUGCACUUUGCAACCAGGAAAAGGAAAAUUAACCUGCCAAACAGCUUAUAGUAUUAGCAGAGGUCCCACAUUUUGACCCUGCUGAUUUAAUUUCUUUUAUGACUCAAAUACAUGUGUUUUAGUCUACAGAUGUGUAUUUAGUUUUGAAUGCUGAAGCAGUGAAAGUAUGAGUACAGCUUACUUAAGGAACUGCUUACUGGUUAGUUUUGUUGUCAUUUAGGACUAGGAAGGAAAGGACUUUUCUUGUUUAUUUUCAUAUCAUUUCUAGGUAUUGUUUCCAGAUGUAGUGCUUUGGGAAUACUUGUCAAGUGUAUUAGCGACAUGAGGGUACAACUGGAUGGGUUCUUAAAUCUGCCUCAAAACCUGUUCCAAGUCUCUUUUGGUAGGUGUUUGUGAAACAGAGUGGAAAGAGUAAGAUGAAAACAGGAAAAAAGGAUGAAAGGUUUCCAAAAGCGAUUUACUCUGUUCAGGGGCAGGAAGGUAGGCGCACUUGCAAAAGCAUGCUCCACAGUGCUAGUGAAGGUUUUUUGGUGCUGAGGUGAAGUGUGAGAUUUGAUAUGUACAGUUCAAAAAGCUCAUUUGCAUCCUGGGCAACAGAAUCCUUGUGUGGAAACCUAGAGGUGAUCCCAAGGACCCUGGGGAUACGUCCUGUGAAAAAUAUCAAUGCGGAGCCAAAGGAAGGAGAAAUGUAGAAGCUCUGCAAUGAAUUCCACAUCUCCUAACAGGGAAGUGCAGGUUGAACAACUGGGGUUGUCCCUUCUUAGGAAGAGGCUUGUACAUAUGAAUGAGGUGGAGGAUGUUUUCUUCAUAGUGUUGCUCUUUAUGAAUAUUUAUAUACGUGUGUCUCUUAGAAACAAUUUUAAAUGUGAAAGUUAGGUCUCAAACCUGUAUGCUCAACUUCAUUCCCGCACACCUGCUGUGCUUAUGUUUAUCAGUGUAGACAAAGAGUUGGACCAAACCACUGUGGGUUGUGUGAAUCCGCUGGUGUCCUGCUAGCCUGCUUCUUUCAGACUAGGAUGUGUCUUGGACGUUUUUGCUGCUGCUUUUGUGCUCUUGUUUGCAAGAUGUUGAAUGAGAGUGUUAAGGAUGAAACCACUCAACAUUUACAUGGCCCACUGCCACUCCUCAAAACCCCAGAGGCCUUAAUAGAGAAAGAGAAACCAGUGGGAGCUCUGAGGACUGACAUGACCAGAGUGACGCUCUGCAGACAAUAUUUGCAGCCAUCGCCUCAAGAUCCAGGAAUCAGGAUGGAUGACAGGUGCUUCAGGUUCCCUCUCCUUACUCAAUGCAUAACAGGGGCACACUGCCUGCUCACAGCACUGCCAACCAAGGGGAGCUGCUGUUCUGGACCUUGGGGAGUGUUUCUGCCCACCAGCCAUUCAGCUCCGUCACUGCUACUUCCAGUUGAGUAUUGAGUAUUUUUUUAUACUUCUAAGUCUGAGCCUUAUUGCAUAUUAAAAUGUAGGAGGUUCCUGAUUCAAAUAUCAAAUCAAAUAUCAAAUAUCUUAGUCUGGAUUAAUACAGUUGCUAGCAAGUUCCCGCAGGAGAAGGGAAGCUAUGGCUGCCACAGUACGCUUCCUGCACAAAGUCAGUACUGUGUGGGGAAUCUUGGCAUUUACUAUUGAUCUGUUUGCUCAGCAGCUGAGCUGGCAUUUGCCAGCUACAUGUGUUGGUUUUGUAAAUAGACAGAAUGCAGUAGCAUUUUCUUUAAGGCAUGUUUGAUAUUUGACUCUUCCCAUUGGGUUCAGGAGCUCUGUGAACUGUUAGCUUCAAUGCCUCCCAAAAGUAAAAAACAAAACAAAAAAAAAAAAAAAACAAAAAAAAACCGUAAGUUUACAGUUUACAAUGUUGUGUGUUAAAUAGCAUACUUAGAUUCCUCACGAGGAAUCACAUCUGGUAAAUAGCAUGUGGUGCUGAAAGGGUCCCCUUAAAAUCUAAAUGGUUCCAAAUAGCAAGCUGUUACACUUUUAGUGUGACCAGGGAGGGGGUGUUGAAGGGGAAUGUAUACAUACAAACACAUAGAAAGAAAAAUUCCAAUUGCUUUCAAAGGAGUAAGUUUUUAUUCAGGUUUCAGAGAACUGGUAGACUAGUACUUGGAACUUCCUUUUAAAAGUUCAAACUUUUUAAGAAUCAAAUUAGGGACCUACUUACAAUUUCUAGCAACAUCAGAGAAUUGCAAAUCCAACUCAUCACUUUCAGUGAUGUCCUGAUAAUUGGAGCAAAUGCUCACUCCGUUUAACUCAGCAUAGCUUAUUUAGCUAUUCCAAAUCAUUGCUUAUGUGGGGAGACCAGAGACAAAGUUAGGUGUCUGAAUAUUUGCAUCACUAUUUUACUUAUAACACUAUAAUUGAACUGCUGUAUCAUGACUGGCUAACAAGUAACGUAGCAUUACUUACCAGCUUUAUUUUAUAAAAGAAAUAGGCAAAUUAAUUCCUGCAUUUAAUGUUAUAAAGUAUCAAUUAAUGCCUUUGUGCCACUGGAAAAAAGGGAUUUGCUUAACCUUGUGAUACUAUUGAUUGAUUGGAUAUAAGAUCCAGUCAUCCUCUAAAAGGUUAUUUUUUCGUAUUUAUUUUAAGGGAUGGGAUUCACAUAUAAGACUUUUCCCUAUUGUGUGAAUCCAAAGCUGAGACACUGGCAAGUCUGCCAGCCACUUAGAAGCUUUGAAAGUUGAGAGAAAUGAAUAAAUGCAGCUACAUGUUGUGUUGCAGUCAUUUAGAAAAAUCCAUUUCUCCCAUACAAAAAGUUGUUUUUUUCCAUACAAAGUUACCACCUACUGACUUAAUGCAUAUUCCAGUUUAUAUUCCUUACCUUGCCUUAUACCUUUUUGCUGUGUGUGCCUGUAAUGCUGACCAGAUGGGCAGUUUUUAAUUCCAUAAUUAAAAAACUAUUAUUUAAUUAAUAACAGAAAAGUGAUUGUAUACUUUGAAAGAUUUUAUGGAAAUCUUAACAUUUAUUUAAAAAAACACAACUUAAAACUGAUUAACCUUAUGGACAUGGAUCUUAGAACUUCAUUUUGGUCUCACCCAUUUAACCUAACAGUAAGAGACUGCAGAAUCUAAAUACAGUGGUAAAUAGUCACAUCUUACAACUAUAUCCUUUCAAUAUCAGAAUUAAAAUGCAGGAGUUUAGGAUCUCUUACCACUUGAAUUAAGGAAAGCUCUUCUUUAGUUCCACAGUAAUAGGGUUUAAAACUAGGUAAGUCAAAUGGUAUAAAAUACUUAAAUGAUAAUCAAUCAUGGUUAAUGUAUUAAUGCAUAUAAUAAACCAUGUAUUAAUGCGUACUUUGUCAGAGCCGGAUAGCAGUAUGAAAGGUAUGUUUUGGACAAUUUUCUGGACACAGAACUUUGGCAGGGAGAAAAUUUGCUGCAGAGGAAAAGGAGCUCAGAUGAACAGUCCGGUUACAUUGAGAUCUCUUUCCACUAACACUUUUCAGCCCUGUGUCUGCAUCCUGCUCAUUCUAGUUUCUUGCAAGCAAAGCUGUACUGUUAAGGCCAGCCUUUCCUUCAUGAACAGCACGGGACACAUUUUUCACAUUAUGACCAUGUUCUGACACAGCCCAAGUCAUCCUCAGGUAGAGUUAGUGGCUCUGUCUCAUGACCAGUUAGCAUUUAAAGGUCAACUAUCUGGGCACGCAGAGGUAUUCGUUAGUCUAGAAGGUUGCAGUGAAGUGAUGUAGCUGUUAGACACAGUUGCACCACAACUUUCAUAUGCAGCUGGACAAUCAUAACUUUUAUACAAAAAAAAAAAAAAAUCAUGCUAAUGGCCUUUCACUGAUGCAAGUAUAAUCCACGUGUGUUUGAUCUGAAUGUUAGCACUACCGAAAUAACUACAGCGCCUUUUGCACCACACUCAGAUGGAAGUAGAAUUAGUGAUUUCGUUAAUUACAGCAUCUUUCCACAGUAUUAAGGAGGGAAAUCCAAGAAUUGGAGUAGCCUGUUUGAGAGCUGGGAUCUUUCAUUCAGCAUCACAAUUGAAUUUGUGCGUAUACAGGAGAUGAGGAGCGAGUACUGCUCCAUGUGUAGUAAAGUCAGACCCUGCACAGCAGGGGGCUGCAGGAUUUUCCUACAGAGUUCACCUCCACUUUACUGUUUGGCUUGAGCACUUUGAUAUAAACACAUACAAACACACACACACACCCCUCUACCUGUAACUGGACAAACUUAUUUUUAAAGUAUGUAAGAAUAUUUUUUUAGCUAGAUGUUUUUUGUUAAAGCCACACUAACUACUGUAUUUUUACCUUUUAUAUGUAAAGCUUGGCAAUAGCUCUCAAUGUAUAAUUUAUUUGUUUUUUUAUAAAGUGCACUCUCUUGCUUCUCUGUUUCACAAUGGUGGUGGUGAGUGAAUUACUUUAGGCACUGCACUGAGAUCUGUAUUGAAACUGUACAUGGGAACAAGAAGCUGUGAUUUGUAGUCCACUCAACCCAGUCUUGAAAUGUUUGUACUGUAGUCUUUUCUUAAAUAUACUACAUCAGUGUAAAAGUCUCACAGAGUCAUCUUUUAAGCAUGGCUUUUAUAGGAUGGCAUCGCUAUAAAAGCCAGGUGUGUUGGCCAAAACUUAGAAAGUGGGCUAUGCAUUUAGGGUUUGUGAGCUGCUGCACCUCUGAAAUCCAAGCUAGAGGUAUGUGGCAGAGAAAUGCUUUGUUCCUGAGCGCUCACUAAUGGUGCAGUCACUGAAUUGUUCUUCAAAGCCAUGUAGAAUUCACAAAACAAUGAAACAAGUUUGGCUUAGAUAUUUUUAUUAAUAAAAGCAAAAACCUAAGUCUCA